UUGGCGGCGACGUUUACGCGACUGCACGCGCACGCGCGCGACGCGCACGUCGCGCGCGCUGGCAAAGGCAAACGUAAGUCGCAGCGUCUCGGUACCGGUGGUGGCGUGCUGGACGCCGCGACGACGACGCAAUCGACGAAGAACAUCGCUGGUGCGGUGGGGCCGGUGUCUUGCGACGCCGACGCGAUGACGGACACGGUUGAAUUCUUUCUGUUCGCCCGUCGCAAGACGAGCGCCGGUGGAGACGACGAGCGUUGGCUGCCGCUCGGCGACGUCGUGUUCGAGCGCUCGACGAACGUGGAGGACGUGGCACGCGAGCGCUAUCGCAUUCUCUGCGAGUACGCACGGAAGCGAUACUUGCGAUUGAAUGUGGGCAAGGGUGGGUUAGAAAUCGGUGCGCGCGUGCAAAAGGGCGUAGCUAAACAUCCAGACGCGCGAGACGCGACGGAGAUCGUUUACGUAGCUUGCGAAGAGACGGCAUUGACAUGGGACGCGACGGCGGCGGCGGAUGCGACGAAAAGAUUUGGAUCGUUUCCAGCGAUGUUGCGUUUAUUAAAUAACGCAGAGCCGCUGACGGCUGCGGUAAAGAAUAGAAUGCUCAAAGCCUCGGCACAGUUCGCGGCGGAAUGA